AUGAACAGAACUCAUCCUCAGAGAAGUUUUGGUGGAAUCUUAUUUGACUCAACAAAGUCCUCCUCUGAAGAAAGAGAUCGUUGCCAGGAAUGCAGUGCAUGUUUAAGUUGUACUCGAAGAUGCCUCUGUAUCUCCAUUAUUGCGCUGCUUGCACUUGGCGUCGUAGGUGCUGUCAUUGGUUUUGCCGUCACAUUUGGACUCCCGCCACCCACUCCUGUGAACCGUUUCUGUGUGACUUCAGGUAAUCAGACUGGCUUUUUGUGUGAUGACAGAGUGACUUGCCUUUCAGCCAGUCAGAUCUGCAACAGAAUCAGAGAGUGUGUUAAUGGAGAGGAUGAGCAGGAGAAAUUAUGUAAUGAUUUGCCCAGUAACCUGCCAGGAUACUUGAUCUUCCGCUGCAGCAACCCUGUGUACUGGAUCUAUGCUGAUAAGAAGUGUAAUGGCGCGAAUGACUGUGGAGACUGUUCUGAUGAAAAGGGGACCUUGGCUAGCUGCCCUCCUUGUGGGACUCAGUGGUGGAGCUGCACACCGGUGUUUUUUGAGUAUUGCACCUGCAUUCCCAGGGCCCUCUGCGGAGACAGAAUCCAGCACUGCUCAGACUGGUCUGAUGAGUAUGCCUGCAAUAGAUGA